AUUUGUCUUCCUCUUCUGCUGCUUUUGGUCUUUUACCCCUUCCCUUUCGUCAUUGUCUUUUAUUCUCCUUUUUCUUCUUUUACAAAGUCAAACGGGUUAUGUCUACUCUCAUUGUACGUGUCGUCCGGAUGGACUUUGGUAGAACACAGCAGCGACUGUUUAUGUCUGUGGGUGCGCGUGCGCGGGCACGGGCACGCGCGCGAUGACCGCUUGUUGAAUGAAUGCGUGAAAGAGCGAAUGGACGUCGGCAGCCAUGUUGGGCUUGCCGGUCUGCUGAUGGACACGAACUUGUUACUCGCUGGUACCAAGAGGCUGAGUGGGCGCGUCUUGGUACCAACAUAAAAAGUUCUGGAUACCCUUCAUAUUGGUCCCAAAACAUUAGGAGCUCUUGCAACAAACGAGUAGUACAAAUCGGAUCUUCAAUCGGUCUACUGGUGGGGACUCUGGAUGUGGUUCUGGACUCCAGCGCCAGGGUGGCCCCCUACAGGAUCCUCCUCCAAACGGCCGACUCGCAGAUCUUCUGGAACGUUGCCUGCGGUUCCUCGCGCAAGGAGAUUACAGAGCACUGGGAUUGGCUGGAGGCGAACCUGCUGCAGACAGUCGCCACUUUCGACAAUGACAGCGACGUCGCCACGUUCGUCAGGGGCAAGAUUUCCGGCCUGAUCGCAGAGGAGAAGCGGGCCACGACGGGCCACGACGGGCAGGAAGAGGAUUGCAGUAAGUUCCAGGAAGCCCAGCUGAAGAUGCGCAAACUGUUUGGGAUGCCCGAAGAGGAGAAGCUGGUCAACUACUACUCGUGCAGCUACUGGAAAGGUCGCGUGCCGCGGCAGGGCUGGCUCUACCUGUCUGUCAAUCACCUCUGCUUCUACUCCUUCCUACUGGGCAAGGAAGUCACUCUGGUGGUCCCGUGGACAGAAGUGACCCAGCUGGAGAAGAACGCCACCCUGUUGUUCCCGGAAAGCGUUCGUGUGAGAACUCGGGUCGGGGAGCACUUCUUCUCCGUGUUCCUCAACAUCAACGACACCUUCAAGUUGAUGGAGCAGCUGGCCAACAUGGCCAUGCGGCAGCUGCUGGACAACGAGGCCUUCGCCGCCGACCUCUCGCUGCCCAAACCCCGCAAGACCCUCAAGAACGUCUCCGCCCUCAAGAGGGAUCUGGACGCGCGGGCCAAGAACGAGCGUUACCGGAGCACCUUCCGUCUGACGCAGGACGAGCGUCUGGACGGACACACGGACUGCACGCUGUGGACGCCCUUCGCCAAGAUGCACGUGGUGGGCCAGCUCUUCAUCUCCAACAACUACAUCUGCUUCCGGAGCCGAGAAGAAGACCUGUGCCAGCUCAUCAUCCCGCUCAGAGAGGUUUCCAUCGUGGAGAAGGCGGACAGCAGCAGCGUUCUGCCGUGUCCCGUGUCCAUCAGCACCAAGAACAAAAUCAACUUCCUGUUUGCCAACCUUAAAGAUCGGGACUUCCUGGUCCAGCGCAUCUCCGACUUCCUGCAGAGGACUCCCGACGACAGCUCGUGGGGGGACGUCAGUCCUCUGGCGGCCGCGGCAUCUUCCGGCGGCGCCAAGGAGCGCCACUAUCACCCCGACGUGCCCACGGCCACACAAGGACUUCUGCAACUUUACCACAAAGACGCUCCAGAGGACCUGGGACCCAAAGCUAUGAAGGAGAAGAUGAAGGAGGAGGCGUGGAACAUCCACUUUUCCGAGUUUGGCCGCGGAGUCUGCAUGUACAGGACGUCCAAAAGCCGAGAAUUAGUCCUGGGCGGCAUUCCGGAAAGGCUCCGAGGAGAACUCUGGUUGCUCUUCUCAGGAGCGCGCAACGAGAUGUCCAUGCACGCCGGUUACUACGGCGACCUGGUGGAGCGGGCGGCGGGCCUGUGCUCUUUGGCCACGGAGGAGAUCGAGCGGGACCUGCACCGCUCCAUGCCCGAGCACCGAGCCUUCCAGAACGAGACGGGCAUCGGCGCCCUGCGCCGCGUCCUGACGGCCUACGCCCACAGGAACCCGGGCAUCGGCUACUGCCAGGCCAUGAACAUCGUGACGUCGGUGCUGCUGCUGUACUGCACUGAGGAGGAGGCCUUCUGGCUGCUGGUGGCGCUCUGCGAGCGCAUGCUGCCCGACUACUACAACACCAGGGUCGUGGGCGCUCUGGUGGACCAGGGGGUGUUUGAAGACCUGACCCGGGCCUUCCUGCCCCUGUUGUACCAGCACAUGCAGGAUCUGGGCGUCAUCUCCACCAUCAGCCUGUCGUGGUUCCUCACCCUCUUCCUGUCCGUCAUGCCCUUCGACAGCGCCGUGGUCCUGGUCGACUGCUUCUUCUACGAGGGCAUCAAAGUCAUCUUCCAGGUGGCGCUGGCAGUGCUCCACGACAACAUGGACGCCUUGUUGGCCUGCAGCGACGAGGGCGAAGCCAUGACCGUCCUGGGAAGGUACCUGGACCACGUGGUGAACAAGCAGAUCGCCACGCCGCCUGUCCCCCACCUGCACGCCCUCCUCACCGGCGGAGACGAGCCGCCGCCCGAGAUUGACAUCUUCGAACUCGUCCAGUCCUCCUAUGAGAAGUUCAGCGGCCUUCGCUCCGAUGUCAUCGAGCAGAUGAGGUUCAAGCAGAGGUUAAAGGUGAUCCAGUCUCUGGAGGACACGGCAAAACGGAGCGUGGUGCGAGCCAUGGUGACCGAGUCGGCCUUCGGCAUGGAGGAGUUGGAGGAGCUCUACUGCCUCUUUAAGGCCCGGCACAUGAGCAGCCGCUACUGGGGCUCGGGCGGCACUGCGGCGGAGCGACACGACCCUAGCCUGCCCUACCUGGAGCAGUACCGCAUCGACGCCGCUCAGUUCUCGCAGCUCUUCUGCGCCCUGGCCGCCUGGCGCUGCGCCGGGCACGCGCCCGUCCUGGCCGGCCGACUCUUCAGGACGCUGGAUCGCGACCGCGACGGCCUGGUCAACUUCAAGGAGUUUGUCACGGCGCUCAGUGGGAUGUACCACGGCGACAUGACAGACAAGCUCAAGCUGCUUUACAAGCUCCACCUGCCGCCUGCUCUGUGUCCCGAGGAGGCGGAGUCCGCGCUGGAGGCUGCAAACUUCUUCACCGAUGACACGCCUAAAGAAUCGUCCGUCUUGUCUCUUAAAGACAGUUUUGCACCGCAGCAAGUGACAGCAGGUGAGGACGCCAACGCCGAGUCUGACGGCAGCAGCGAGGAGAAGAAAGAGGACUACAGGUACUACCUGCGGAUGUGGGCCAAAGAGAAGGAGCCCAAACAGGAAUCCAUCAAAGAUCUUCCUCGGAUGAACCAGGAGCAGUUCAUCGAGCUGUGCAAGUCUCUGUACAACAUGUUCAGUGAAGAGGAGCACGAUGAGCAGCAGCUCUACCACGCCAUCGCCACCGUCGCCAGCCUGCUGCUUCGCAUCGGCGAAGUCGGAAAGAAGUUCAACAACGGCGACAGGCAGGGCGCGGCCGGACGGCAGGCGCCGGCCGACAUCCGCCCGGAGGAGGCCCGAGACGACACGUCGGCGUCAUCGUUCUCCACGCUGAGCGAUGACGCAUCGUCGGCCGAUGAAGGCGGCGAGGGGCCGAGGAGGAGGCGGGUCAGCGUAGCCGACGCCGAUUGGUCCGUCACCUUCGAGCAGGUUCUGGCGUCCAUGUUGACCGAGCCUGCGCUGGUGGACUACUUUGAGAGGAAGAGAAGCAUCCAGGCCCGUAUUGCCGCUUGCCAGACACGCCGGGCGGCGGAGCGUCAGAGCAGCUCUGCCUCUUCGGACCGCGAACGUGGCGACACUUGACCUCUGGCCUUCUCGCGCGUCCUGGUGCUUCACGUUACUGGCAGCUGCCUGGCUGUUCCUCUUUUGCAAUAAAAGACCCACAGUAAGGGUGGGUGGUUAUGGCAAACAUUCUUUUUCCUCAAACAAAUACCCAUUUUCUAUGGAAGCGUACUGUUGCCGGCUGCCACCCAAGAAACAAAACAAAAGUGAUGUGAUAAGUGUCCCGCGUUUCAAUGGCCGAAGUAGUCCUUAGCGCUAUACUAAUGGGCAAAACAAGACAGAGCAAUUCCUUCUGGUUCAGCUCAGUAGUUCAGAAUUCGCACUGUAUAAUCAUCAUCAUCGUGUUCCAAAAGAUUUCCUUUUUAUUUCAAAUAAAUUUAUCAUGUUUAAAUGUGACAUUGAACUUUUUCUAGUGUGGCAGCAGAAUGUUUCAGUAGUUUUCUCUGUGUUAAAAAUUGAACUUUUGGGCAUUUUUCCCCUGUUUCUGCAAACGUUUCAUCUGAAAUACAAAUCUUAUUGGUCUGGGGGUUGGAAAAAAAAUAAUCCAUUUGGGUUUCAGACCAAAAAGAACAGACUCGUGAAAGGCUGAGAUUUGAUUUGCCACAAACUUCGCAAAAUGCAAAUUUGAGAAGAAUGUCUUUUAAUGUGAAAGAGACGUGAUCUCGUUUCCUGUUGGAUGGAAAUGCUCGUGUGACGUUUUAAGUGACUGAAAUUUGAUAAAUAAAUGUGGAGCGCUCUGUUGUUUGCGUGGUGGCCAAUAAAUAAUAAACAAA